AUGCCCGACGCGGUCGAGUUCACUCACUGGCUCAUCAAGGCAGAGCCCGAGACGCGCAUCGAGAAGGGCGUCGACGUCAAGUUCUCGAUCGACGAUCUCGAGCGCAACAAGACGACCACCUGGGAGGGCGUGCGCAACCACGAGGCCAAGAAGUACCUCAAGUCGCAGAUGAAGGUCGGCCACGAGUGCCUCUUCUACGCGUCCAACUGCAAAGUGCCUGGAGUGAGCGGCCUCGCUCGCGUCAUCAAGGAGGGCUACCCCGACUUCAACGCCUGGGACCCGAAGCACCCGUACUACGACCCCAAGAGCAAAAAGGAUGCUCCGACAUGGUUCAUGGUCGAGGUCGAGUUCGUCGCCAAGCUCCCGCACCUCGUCCCCCUCGCCCUCCUCCACGCCCUGAUCCGCCGCGGCCGGCUCAGCGUCCAGCCCGUCGGCGACGACUUCUUCGAGGCGGCAAAACUGCUCGGCGAGCGCGGUGGGUGGGACGAGUGGGAGGGCGCAAGGGGGGUCAAGGGGCUCAAGGGCGGGGCGAAGAAGGUGCCUGGGGGCGAGGAGGAAAAGGUGGGAGCCAAGGGCAAGGGCAAGGGGAAGGGCAAGGCGGCGGACGAGGAGGAGGGAGCGGCCAAGGAGGAGGAGGUCGAGGGCAAGCCGGCGACCGCUCCCAGAGCCAAGCCGGCUCGCUCCACCAAGAGCAAGAGCAAGGUAAAGCCCGAGCCGGACGACGAGGACGACGGCGCAGCAGGGUCGAGCGAGGACGAGGUGACGACGGGCGGCAAGAGGCGGGGAGCGAACGGCGCGAGCAGAGCUGGGACGCGCAGCUCGAAACGUCUGAGAGGGACUGAGUAGCUUUGAGGAUGCGCAACGAGUCUCUAGAUCG